AUGGAAAGAAUUCCCUAUGCAUCGGUGGUUGGGAGUUUGAACUAUGUUCAAACAUGUACUCGACCUGAUAUCAACUUUGCUGUUGGAAUGUUGGGUCGCUAUCAAAGUAAUCCCGGAAUGGACCAUUGGAAAGCGGCAAAGAAGGUUCUCAGGUACUUGCAAGGCACCAAAGAGAACAUGCUUACAUAUAGGAGAUCUGAUCAGCUGGAAGUCAUUGGAUAUUCAGAUUCAGACUAUGCCGGAUGCGUUGAUAGCAGAAAAUCGACGUUUGGCUACUUGUUCCUAUUAGCUAGGGGAGCAAUAUCAUGGAAGAGUGGAAAGCAGUCUGUCAUUGCUACUUCCACUAUGGAGGCUGAAUUUGUGGCAUGCUUUGAGGCCACAAUUCAUGCACUAUGGCUGCGGAACUUUAUCUCAGGGCUUCGGAUUGUCGACACUAUAGCCAAGCCGCUGAGAAUUUACUGCGAUAAUUCUGCAGCUGUCUUCUUUUUGAAGAAUGACAAGUACUCGAAGGGUGAUAAGCACAUGGAGUUAAAGUACCUGUCUGUUAAAGAAGAAGUUCAGAAACAGAGAGUGUCAUUCGAGCACAUAAGGACGGACAUGAUGGUAGCGGAUUCGCUAACUAAAGGUUUACCACCCAAGGCGUUCAAUGGCCAUGUAGAACGUAUGGGUAUUAUAGAUAAGGCUUUGCUAUUUUAG